UCCAGGCGUCCCAGUGCUCGCCGUCCCAUCCGUGAGUGGGAUGUCUUCAGAGCUGCUGGUAGAUCUGGGUGAGGACCCUGCGGCCGCACAGCUGGGGCAGCUGAAGCUGUCCACCCUGGAGGACCAGCAGUGGCCUCCUGAUGAAUCCACCCUCAGCAAGUCAGAGACGGACUCCCAGGGCUUCGACCCCGGAUCCCCCCACCUGCCCGGGAACCACCCUUUCUAUGACAUCGCCAGACAUCAGAUCAUCGAGGUAGCAGGCGACGAUAACUUCGGCAGGAAGGUGAUCGUGUUCAGCGCCUGCAGGCUGCCUCCUCAGCAUCAGCUGGACCAUCAGAGGCUGCUGAUGUAUCUGAAAGCCACUCUAGAUCAGUAUGUGGAAAGUGACUACACCCUCAUCUACUUCCAUCAUGGGCUGACCAGCGAAAACAAACCCUCGCUCAGCUGGCUGCGGGACGCCUACCGAGAGUUCGACCGAAAGUAUAAGAAGAACAUCAAGGCUCUGUACAUCGUCCAUCCGACCAUGUUCAUCAAGACCCUGCUGAUCCUCUUCAAACCCAUCAUCAGCUUCAAGUUCGGCAGGAAGAUCAACUACGUGAGCUACCUGAGCGAGCUGGAGGAUGUGGUGAAGUGCGAGCAGCUAGUGAUUCCGACCCGCGUCAGAGAGUACGACAACAAGCUGAGGGCAUCUCUGAAACCCAGCACCCAGCCCCCUACGUCUCCCCCACGGAGCCCCCCGCUGCCAGACCAGGUCUUCGGGGUUCCCCUGUCUGUGCUGAGACAGAGGGACCCAGAUGGUGAUCCGGUUCCCGUAGUGAUGAGAGACACCAUCAACUUCCUGUCAGAACAAGGUCUGGAGAUCGAGGGGAUCUUCCGGCGCUCCGCCAACGUGACUCUGGUGAAGGAGGUCCAGCUCAAGUAUAACUCCGGGGUCCAGGUGAGUUUCCGGGACAUGGAGGACGUCCACCUGGCCGCCGUCAUACUGAAGACCUUUCUUCGAGAACUUCCAGAGCCUCUGCUGACCUACCAGCUCUACAACGACAUUGUCAACUUUGCAGCAGUAUCCAGUGACAGUCAGGCCGAGGUUAUGAAAACCUUGCUGGAGGGACUUCCAGAGGAAAACUACGCAUCCCUGCGGUACCUCAUUACAUUCCUGGCUAAGGUGUCGGCCAACAGCGAGGUGAAUAAGAUGACCAACAGUAACCUGGCCGUGGUGUUUGGCCCCAACCUUCUGUGGGGGCGGGACAACGCCAUGUCACUCAGCGCUAUUGGACCCAUCAACAACUUCACCAGAGCCCUGCUAGACCAGCAGCAUCUGGUUUUUACCUAAUGCCCCUCCCCCCCUGCUCUGAGGUCUUUUAUGCCGCCCGGGAAGCCUCUGAGACCCGCCUCCUCUGCAGCAUUUAACCAGGAGCUAGCCUCAGAGCCCCGCCCAUUACGAAGGUACUUCUGUAUCAACAGCAGCCUUUCAGUCAGACCGCCACCCCCGACGUCAGUCCGCCCUCAUUUGCAUCGUCCCGUCGAUUAGCCCGCUGUGUUCCUGUCAGUCGGCCCGAGAGCGGAAGAAGCUUAGGAAGCGUUGAUCGGAGAGCGUGAAGGCCUCCUGACGAAGGCAGCUGUGAUGUCACUUCCUCGUCAGUUGGACGCUCAUAGAUGGUCUCUGCCCUUCCCCCGGAACCUUCCUCCCAACAUGACCAAAGCUCCUCUCCGGCUGAAGUCAGAAGAGAACGGAAGCUGAGGUUUGACUCAGGUUUACCGAAAUAAAUCGCGAACUUGGUACUGAAAUCGUGUCGACAAUCUUCAGAGUGCUGUAAUUAAAGGACGCCGUGCGGUAGCAUCUGCGAUGCUCUUCUGGACCUUCCUGUUUCAGUUUCCGUAGCAACACACCAAUUAGCGACACAUUUCCAUCAUAUUUCAUUAUCCAGUUAAGUAAAGGAUCCUGUUCCGCCUUUUUGAUCGUUAAGGCUUUCACAGUCUUCCUAUCCCCCCCGCCCCGCCCCCACCACCACGAGGACCAGAAAUUUUUAGGCCGCAUUUGUUUAUUUGGUACAUGUCAGUAACUGGUUCUCACAUGAGAUGCGCAAAGCUCCAUGCUGCGCGCACGAGCGUCGUUGCUGUUUCAUUCCGUUUGUUGCCUUUUCUUUUAGUUUGUUUCGCGGAGCUGGACCAAGUUUGACCGCGAUGUUCUGUUCUAUAGCGGGAACAGUGGACGCGUACGCCUUAGUGGAACGACCUGUCAAUUCCUCGCCAAAGAAACAUGGUCUAAACGUCGGGGUCGGAUUCUCAACACUAAAGGUGCCAACGUAUGGCUCUGCGAUUUUUAUUAUUAUUAUUUAAGCAUCUUAUCUUUUUUCACGCUGUGUUGAAUUUCUUUCUGAUUUCCAAAACCGUUUUCUUUUUUUUUUGAUCCCCUGACCCGGACAUCCGAUCCUUUCAGGAGUCGUUCGCUAGCGCUAACCUGCGUUUUUCCUCUGUGAUGUCACCAAACCAUCAGAAACCUUGGAGUAUUCGUGACGUGACGUUGCUGUGUUAUCUAAACCGUCUGAAAAAAAAACUUGGAAAAAAAAAAAACGGCAAAACAUGAGAGGCUAGCUCGUCUGGAGCUAAGCCCUAAAACAAAAUGGCCGUUGUUUACUCGUUGACUCCCAGUUCCAUCAGUGCCAUGGUGACGUGUGUGUGUGUGUGCGUAAAAUGGAGUGAACAUGUUUUUUUUAGAUGCGUUCUUAUUUGAUCAAACUGUGACGUUAAAGGAACCCUAAAGUUUUCACACCCCGCUUCAAAUCCCACCUUUAAUAACGAACGGAUCGGCUAGUCUUCUCGUCUUCCCGGCAUUUUUACAGCGGACGCUUUAAAGGUGGGGAAAGAAUCUCGGCUGGUCUCGGUUUUUUUUUAAGCCCCGGGGUGUGAAGACUUCUGGGAGCCACCAAAAAAAACAAAAAACAAAGUCUUACUACAAAAAAGAAGAUGAAACCAAGUGGAAAUCAUUUCGUUGUUUUUAGAGUUUAAUGAGGAAACUUACCUGAUUCUGUGUGUGUUUGUGCCUUAUUUGUGUCUGAGUGAUUUUUAUUUUUUUUUUCUCUACGUUCAGUUUCUGGCUGUAGAUUAGAGCUGCGUUCAACAGAAAUCAUGGUUUCCAUGUCGUGGGAGGAAAAAAAAAAAAAGCUCUACCUUUAAAUGGAAGCUGUCUAAUUACCAGUUUGGUACCAGCACUGGUUUCAGCUUCACCGUUUAGAGAAAAAUAAGUGAUAAAAUGAACUUCCUGGACGUAGCCUCUGUUUGCAUGUUCCCCCUGGGUUCCGCGACCCGCCGCCGCAGACCCCGUCAUCCGUGGAUCUUUGUACUGUAAUCAUGAAGGUGCCAUGGGAGGAGAUCUUCGGUUUGGACUUUAGUGAUUCCAAUUUCCUCCUUUACUUUUCAUAUCUAGUACUGUGGAUCUUGGCCUUGUUUGUGUCCAAUAUGAUGGUAAAAUGCUGUAUUAUCCGUAUAAACGACCAAUAAACAAAUUGUGAAACAAACCUAAAUGGUGCCCU